ACUUUGCGUUUAACUGGCACGUUUUCAAUUGUUGUUAACGCGCCAUUCAACUGCGCAUAGUUAUCGCUGCGUUUUUCAACAAAAUUUAUCGCAUUUGUUUUGUUAUUUUCACUUUUUUCUUAUUAGAUUUCUGGUUUAGCAGCAGUGACUAAGAAUACACUAAAAUUGGUCAAGCGCGUGGAACGGAACUGGUUUGCCACGGAGCUGAUUCGGCAGGCUGUCAAAUGUUCCCGCUAGAUGGCGUCUCCGAAAUGCGUCACAGCGCUCAACAGUGGCGCAACUGUGCGGCGUGCGUUCAACAGUUGAAUUAUCAAAUAAAUGGCUUCGAGUUUCGUUUUGCGAGCCAAGUGUGUUUAUAAUAAAUAAAAGAAAGACAAAAGUGGAUGAUACAAAUAUAUUAAGAACAAAAUAGCUGGACAUUAUCAUGACGAAUACCUUGUGGACGUGGCGCUCUGUGCUGCUGCUCGGAGCUCUACUCUUUGCCACAGCGAAUGCCGCGGGUGCCGCUUCGAGUGCCUCAUUAGCAGGCAGAAGGGAGUCCGGGCUGCCGGCUCAAAGUGUGCUGGCCCUGGUGCCGGCAGCAGCACGCGGCAGUUUUCUGCUCUACCAAUUAGCAACGGCCAUAAAUUCUGGUGACUACCCCUGGCUGGAGCUGGAGUUGGAGCAGGAGCACGAGCAGGAGUUACUUGUAGAACAGGAAAUCGACUCCGGCUGGCUGGCCGCAAUGGCAAAUGAAUUUCAGAAUGUGCCCGUUCCUGAAAACUUUCCGCUGCAAUUGCAAGCCUGGCUAAUGGAUAGCUACGGUCUGAGCGCCGUCGAUGUCUAUCGGAGCUGGCCCACGGCUCGAUCUGGCCGUGCCCGGCAGCUGACCUGCAAUGCACUCGACGAGUGCCAUGAGUUGGCUCAAAUAUUGGACGCAUGUUGUCCAUUUUGAGCAACGCGGCCGUGUGGCAAAUAAAUG